AUGCUCGAGGGCCCGGACGCCGGCGAGAGCCCCCUCUCGGAGCUGAGGCACACCAAGUUCACCAUCGCAGGCGUCCCCGGGGAGAAGCAGGCGAUCCUGAUCCCCGACACAGUCACCCUCGAUCGCCAGCUGCUCGAGGAGAUCUGCGAUGUCAUCCGACCCGCCGAACCUGCUCCUCAGCAGCGUGAGUUCCCUGUGCCACCCCGCGGCGCUGACCACUCCGCAGCUGCGGGCCUGCCCGGCGUUCGAGGGCCUCCUGGCCGAGGCGCGGCACAGCCUGGAUCCCGAGGCCGAGGACGAGAUGUCGCUGCCGGCUCUGCUCAACAAGGCGCUGGCGAGCGUGGGUAUGCAGGAGAUGCCGGCGUCCUGGGGCGGAGGAGCGCGCGGCAGGUGCCAAGGGAGGAGGCGCAGAGGAGGGAGAAGUCCCUGGAGGACUUCGCGAACCGCGUCCUGGAGAGGAGAAGACCGCCGACGCGGUGA